UAUUACUGUUCAUAUCGAUCCAAAACAUGUGCCCUGUUUAUCUUAAUAUUCACUGCAGCUGUUGGCUAGCUAGCUGGGCUUAGCUCCCCGUUAGCUACCUUCAAAAAAAAAAAUUGACGGUCAAAUCAUUCGCGAAACUUUCGGCAACGCGACAGCGGCUUUUGUUUGUAUUCGUCGCGGAUUAACACAAUCCACCGAAUAGUGUAGUUCCCCGUGUGUAAUUGUGUUUAAUUUUUUUUUUUUAAAAAAGAAGCAAAAAGCCGUCGCUACAGAUUAGCAAACUGUCUCGUUGGCUCGGGCUAUGUCUUGGAACGGAAACAUUUCUCACAAAGGCCACAUGCACGGGGCCGCACAGUUUAAAAAAAUAAAAUAAUAAUAAUAAAAAAAUACUUGCACAAGUAUUCGCGUUAGACGACGUUAACCCGAUGUGCAUUUUAUUCGUGCAUUUAUCGUUUUAAGUGCACACUACGAUGCAUUCGCGCUUUCAACCAAGGCUUUAGUGUGUUUGCACCGUAAAGGGGGAAAAAAAAAGCACCGCAAAAUAGACGUAGCCUUUCCAGGCAGUCCGCUUAUCUGUGCCUGGAUGAUGUCAUUUGAAGAUCAUCUGCUUCUGCCAACCCCUUCGCCGUUUUAUUUUAUCUUUAUUCCUCCUCUUCCACUAUGCGAAUCCACUAAUUAUUAUCCGUGUCAAUUGGGCCCCGUGUGUUAAUCGAGGCACGGGAGAAGCUGAUGGACGAUGUCCGAAACCCAUCAACUAUGGAGGCUGGCUCUACAUUCUGCAUUUAUCAGAUCUUUGUCGUCCCCCCAUUGUGUAGCUAAUGAUCAUCUGCUGCUGUGUGGUGUGGCGUGGCCUCUGCCUGUUCUCUGCAUUUAGCUGUAUUGUGAAUCCCUUCUUCAUUUCCUCUUUCCAUCAGAAGACGACAUUGGUAUUAAAAAGCACCCCCCUUUUCCUCCCUUACCCAAGAUGUAUUCAGACUUUCCAUGUUAAGCAGACUAAAACAAUAGCUAACACCUAGAACAGAGCACCUUUUUUUUUUGUCUUUUUUUCUGUCAAAUUGCUGUAGCACUGAGUAAAAACAUUUUUUUUUUUUAGCUCCUUUUCUAGAUAUCAGUUGAAUGUCAUUGUGUACCUCCCAUCCAGUCUUGAUAGACAACAUGCUGUAAAUUCCUGUAAAGUGGAUACAUUUUGCAUGAUCUCAAAUACUGCACUGCAUUGUUGAACACCAGAAUUUGGCUCAUCUUCCUUCUCUUCACACAAGGUGCAAUGUACACGAUCAAAGUGACCUAAGAAUCAAAAAAAAAAAGAAAGAAAAGAGCGCGAAUUGGAACCCGUGCGCGUGUCAUUCGUAUAGUUAAAUCCAACAUUUCAGCAAACGCUGAUCAUGUGAUCACUUGUAAUGACUGAAGGUACACUGCACCUGCGCACAACAACCCGCCAUAACUGUCUCCAUUUUUUUGUGUAAUCCUUUUGUUCCCUUUUGCAAAUUUCAAGCUUUGAAUCACACUGAAUUGUCUGGGCCGUUUGCCCUCCUCCUCCUCCUCCUCCCCCCCCCCCGUUACGAGCAAAUGAAGCUCUGAACAUUGAAGUAGGAAAACAUGCUCACUGGUGGUUCAUCACUUCCCAAUUUACCCCACUAACAUAAAGACCAAAAUGCUAUCCAUUUCACAGGGAUGCCUAUUUUUCCUGCACUGCUAAAGAGAUCCUCUAUUAGUAAUAACGUCUUUAUUGUUUGGUUGUGGUCUCUCUUUACCUUUUGUUCUGGUAAUAGUACUUUCAAUGCAUGGUCACAUUUAUGAUUCAUAAUUUUUUUGUUUAUGUUUUUUCUACAUUGACUAGUGAAAAUCCAAUGUAAUCUUUCUGUAGUAAAGAUGUACCCUGCUGUACUGAAAUCAUGUGCUGUAGCCAACACGUCUGCUCAUUGGAUGCCGCUUUUGUUCUUUUUAACCCUAUAUGGAGCAUGGUGGGCCUUGCCUUCAGUCUAUGUUGUUUAUUUUUGUUGCAUGGAUUUAUACUAUUAUUACAAAAAAACAAGAAAAAAAAACACAAAAAUCCACAUAUACUAAUAUUUUUCAAUAAAGAAUAUAGUGUUUUUCCUAACCUUCAGUGUGCUUCUUGCUGAUUUCCAUUUAUUGUCCUCCCUCUCCCCCUGUCCCCUACCUGCCCCCCCUCCCCUUCCCCUUCCCCUCCCUUACCCUUCACCCCCCAACCACCCACCUCCUCUCCCGCUGUGACAAAGAUAGACGAUUUCCACGCUUCCUCCAUCACAGGGCCCCGAAUGAGUCUAUCUCCUGUCAUUCAUGGUGAUCGUUCUUCACUGAGAUGCUUGAAAACGCAGUGUGCAACUCACAGUCUAGACUUCAGCCUUUGACCCACGGCAGCAAGGCCACCUCUUUUUUUUUUUUCUGCCCCCGGCGACGCUGACGAACUGUCAAGCUGGAAAAUUCUUCCGUAAAGUCGUACUGCUUUUCUUUUCCUGGCUGCGGUUCAAACCACACUGCGUUUUUCAAGCGUGCUCCUAGUAAAUGCAAUGUAGACUUUUGCCUAUUUCCUCAUGAUUUUUCCCAACAAAAAAAAAAAAAAAAAAGAAGAGGAAAAAAUUCCACUGUUUAGAUCAGAAGCCGUCAUCACAUUUUACACUUUCAGAGUUUGCGUCUUGUUUGGAACGGCUCGACCUCGAUGUGCAAACUUCAGAGCAUAAUAAAUUGAACCUCGCUCUGCUGGAGGCCUGCUGCGGCCUCUUUUUGGCAGACGCUUCCUCAAAAAGUUCCUAAUCAAAGCCAAAUUUGUCAUUGCAAAUUCUCAGCUGUUCCAUAAUUUGAAAGGUCCUUUCAAGCUUAAGCACGGUAUCAAAACCAUAUUGCUCCGCAGCACAAGCUAGCCUGUCUUUUUCUGCCUGUUGAGUCUCGACGGCAGUCUGUCCGCUGCUGUUGCCAAAUAGCUGCGGUUGGAGCGAGUUAAAAAACAUUCGAGCUAUUUCCUCUCAGCUCGUAAAUGUUCAUAUGGGAGAAGAAAUGCAGAGCUGCGCUAGAUGUUUAAGACACACAAGGAUGAGGUAGAUUUCAGUGAAGCGCGCACAUAAAUGUGAAUUUAUUGUGCGGCUUCACUUUUUUUUAUCUAGAAGGAAGGAAGAAUUCUUUAAGGUUGUAUAGAAAGAAAUGAUUUAAUGUAUUUCUCACAGGCAGCAAAGUAACACUGGUUUUAUCUCUUGAGUGCAAGAUCUGAGCUACAUUGAAGAUCCGUCCAUGUACUGAUAGGAGGUCAUCUGUUCUCAAUCAGAAGACCAGGAGUCAAACCAAGACUCGGAUAUUUCAGUUUAAGAAAUGAGAGCGCGUGCUUUGCGUGCGGCGCCAGAAAGGGGUUUCAUUUUCAUGGUAUUUGUGGUAACCAUCAUUUUCCACCCCCCCACAGAAGUGUUUUUCACCCUAGGAUCCCAUUUCAACCGGCAACAGCAACAACAGCAGCAGCAGCACAGCCAUGCUACCUCUUGCCGGCACUUCCAGUUAGGUCCUCAGGCCCCGCUGACCAUGGACUUCCCCAUGCCCCACCCAGGGCAGCCACAGUCAGGCAUUAACCCCCACCUGGCCCCUCCCGGCCACCAGCAUGGCCCUCCGCUCCACCCGCCCCUCAACCCCCUGCCCACCCCCCAGUUCCAGGACAUCCCCGCCCCUCCCUUCCUACCUCAGGCAUUACACCAGCAAUACCUCCUCCAGCAGCAGAUCCUCGAGGCCCAGCACCGACACAUCCUGCCACCGUCCAGACGCACCCCAGAGAGAGUUCCUCACCAACCCCACAGACUGCGGCCCGGCUACGAGUUCGCUCCCCCUCUCCAUGUCCCUCCUCAGCCUGUGGUGCAGCAGCCCCGUUACCUGGCCGAGGGCACAGACUGGGAUCUAAGUGUAGAUGCUGGGCUGCCCCCACACCAGUAUCACAUCCAUCCGCUGCCGCAGCACUAUCAGCACUACUUGACCUCUCCUCGGAUGCACCACUUCCCUAGAAACAAUGCCUCAACACAAGUGGUCGUCCAUGAGAUCAGAAACUACCCGUAUCCCCAGUUGCACUUGCUGGCUCUGCAGAGUCUCAACCCCUCCCGCCACGCGUCUGCGGUUAGAGAGAGCUACGAGGAGCUAUUGCAGCUGGAGGACAGGCUGGGCAGCGUAAACCGUGGAGCGGUCCAAACUACAAUCGAGAGAUUCACUUUCCCUCACAAGUACAAAAAGAGAAUACCCCAGGACCUGAAGAUGUGUCUGGAUGACGAGGAGCUGGACACUGAUGAAAAGUGCACCAUCUGUCUGUCGAUGCUGGAGGAUGGAGAGGAUGUCAGGAGGUUACCCUGCAUGCACCUCUUCCACCAGGCGUGCGUGGACCAGUGGCUGGCCACCAGCAGGAAAUGCCCCAUCUGCAGAGUGGACAUUGAAACCCAGCUGACCCCCGACAGCUGAUAGCCCCUGUUUGACACCUGCAGCUUGGGAAUCUUGGUCUUGUUAAAUUCUCCAUCGCCUCCCUCCGGGGUGGGCGGGGGGCGGGGGGGGGGAGGGAAGCUCUGCCAAACACACGCCCCCCCCCCUCCUCUUCCCGUCUGCAUCACUCAACGAGCCUGCCUUCUGAGACAGCUGUGACAGAGGGAUCAACAAAGCACACUCACCUACAACACAACGAGGGACGGGGGUUGACGCACAGGAAAAAAAAAAAACAUAAGUAAAUAAAAAAUGGUUGGCUGCAAACGAAGGUCGCUUGAACGGACUUAGCUGGAUGUAAAAGGUAGGAGCGUAUGGACAGAUGUGCUGAGGCUUCGCACGACUCCCGUCAGAUUGUGCGCCCUGUGUGCGUUUCUCCAUACGGCCGCAGACAGAGAGACAAACAGAGGACGCUCUGACCUCCAACCUCCCCAGCUCAGUGUGAUGUAUUAAGGCCAUUCCUCUGCCACUACAUCCAAACCCUCUCCUCCAGGCCUGUGAAAAAAUCCUUUAAGCUGCACUCUGCCCAAGCCCCUCAGCACAUCUGUACAGAACAUUAUCAAAUGAUUAGCAUGAGGUUGUUUGGUGUGAACUCUUGUAGCUGAACGCUUGUGGUGUAAUGGAGUAUAGUACUGAAUAAGUAUUUACAGAGUAACAGUGUUGUGUAGCAAGCAAAAAGCCUUUUGAGAAAUAUGUCUGUGAGAAAUAAACGUGCAGAGAGGGCGAACACGGCUCUAACGGUAAGAAUAUUCAGCGUGUGUUAAAUCAUAGGCAACGAGAGAAAGAGAUAGUUGUGUUACAAAAUUUGAAACAAAAAAAAAAAAAAAAAAAGGCCAAAAAUCCCUCUUUCUUGUCUAACACGGUUUUGGAUUUCCAGUUAGUAGAUGCCAUCAGAGUUGAUGCUAAACCCGCUAACUGCAGGCAUGGCUUCCAGUGAUCUGUGUAGUGUCGUAGUCGGGCCUCUAUAAUCUAGAGCAGAGGCCUCAGAUGUGCAUGCUGUAUGGCAGGCUUGGGCUGUGUCGUUAAUAUUGUGGAGCAGUAGAAACAGGGACUGUGUCUGUGCAUGUGAACAGUAUAUUAUGACUCCGAUGAUCCCACUCAUUCAUAGAGGAGGACGAGAAUGCACCUGAUACCCCCUCCCUCCCGCCUCCCACUCCCACUCCCCCCGCCACCCCCUCUCAUCCCGGGAAGACCAAAGUUGCCCUUAGACACUGAUCUCGGGCCGGCGUGGCGUUUUUCUCUCCUAAUAGUUCGCGGUUAGGAUUCAAAGAGCCGCUAGCGACGAUCCGUGUCUAACGGCAACUCCCCUCCGCGGCCUCGCUCACAGCAUGAUCGCGAUCGCGAGAGGCCGGCAUGGGCUUGAGGAUGCAGUGCCUGAGUCUUGCCGUCGGAGCGAAUAAAACCUGACAUUUCUAUUACCUAUUUACCAGAACCUUAUUGCCUAUCGAACAAGCACAUGUGAUUUCUAUAUUCAGUGAAUCGCCUCUGUUGUGUUACCGGCUCCUUUUCAUUUCAGUCUGAGUUUCUCCCACCGUUUUCGAUUCGAAAAGACUGUGUCUGGUGUUACAGGGACAAUACAAACUAGUUUGCCUGUGAUAUGUGCUAGAAUGUGUAUGAUUGUCCCCCCUAUCCCCCCACCUCCACCCCCACCUCUCUCCCCCAUGGUAGUCGUGUAUGGUAUUGCUAGAACAACUGUGAUGCGUUCAGUGAUAGAAGCUCUUUUCUCUGUAUCAUGCAUGAACCAUGUUGGCGUAGUUCACUUGAAGGAGGGUGAAAGGGAGAAAAAGCCAUCCAUUUGAAAAAUACCAAACAAUUGUUCUUAACAUUAAUUUUUUUUAUUUCGAUUGUCUUUUUCUGCCAUUUCUUUUCUUCUUCUGUACUUUUUUUUAUUUUAUUUUUUUUAUUUUUUUUGCUCACAUGCCAAUUUGGACAUGGUACUAAUAUGCCGAGUCCUUGUCCAUUUUAACCAUAGUGAAGAAAAAGCUGCAAUGCUGCAAAAACAUAUUUAUUGUCGUUCUAAUGUAGCUUGUGUUUUGUAAAUGCACUAUAAUAUGGAGUUGCCUGAUUCAUUUUGGUUUUGGUGGUGUGGGUUCUUCUCGUCUUAGGUUUUGUGUUUCUAUUCAGUUCAAGUAUUUUCAUGCUUCCUUGUGUAUUAUCGGAGGGUAACUUGACUGUUUGUGUUGCGUUUUUAAUUUUUUUUUUGUAUGAAACCUCCAUCCAAAAAACUACAGAUGGAUGAAAAUGGAGGUUUGCUAGUUCACAUAGAAUGCUGUGAUUAAAGAUGCCUUAAGUAUUUAACAAUCAUUAUUUAUUACUAACUGUAGCUAGCUAGCUAUUGUGGUGGAAUAUUUAAUGUCUCUAUCUCAUAACUUUGCAAUUUAAUCAAUAUAUUUAUUUAAAAUAACACAAAAUAUUAAAAAAAAAAGAAUACCUCAUUAUGCAUUGGUCGGUGGGGAUGCUUUUGCAUGCCGUCUGUGUUUUCUUUUUCAAAAGGAGGAAAAAAAAGAGAGAGGGAGAAACUUGUUGAAAAGUCGACUGAGGGGGUGUUUCCUAACGCGUUUUCUUGCCAGCAUGGUGCUGUUGAUCUGGAUUACAUUCCAUUCAUGUCAUCUCUUGAUUUUAAACCUUUAAACCUUUUUUUUUUUUUUAUGCUUUUUAAAUCUCAUCCCUGCUUUGAUCCGGAGCAGACGUUAGGGUACAACCCCAAGUUUGUCUUAGCUUGCUUUUUUUUUUGUCGCGCGGUACUGCUUUGCUCUGUAUAAUCAAGUCAUAUUUCAUUUAGUUUUUUCUUUUUUUUUUUUGGGACAUUAUUUGAUUUCGACCGCGUUAAUCACGUGUUCACCAUAUCUGGAUCUCAAUUUAGUGCUUAUUGUUUUGGAACCCACAUAACAAGCUGUAUUACUUGUUCUUACGUAUUGCUGGCGGUCGCUUUGUGUGGGAUUUUGGGACGUAUCUAACAUGCUAACUUGAGCCAUUGAUCUUAUCGAGCAAACUUCUGGUGUACUGUGGUUAUACAAUAUAGAUGUUUUACACCUGGGUAUAAUAAGCUAACUACGUUUUCGGUGUGCAUUUCUUAUUAAUACUCUACUAAUCCUGCAAAAUUAUUAUAACAUGUAUUGGAUUGGAAUGACGCUGGCUGGUCUUACUAUUAUUAUUUCAUUUCGUGCUCUCACUGGCCUUACCCCAUGCCCUCCACAGUGUACCCCCAUAACUCCAGAGCAAACUGGACAGUAGCCAUAGUAUUAACUCAAGCUGAUGAACCGGAAUGAACAGUAGAACUUAAAGCACAAGCUUUUUAAUGCAUGUCCUUCUCAGGUUUUCCUAUGUGUAUGUGGGAGUAGCUCUGUAGAUGUGUUUAAUAUGAUGCUGUACCUUCUUGAAUAUUUCAGAUGUUUCUUUGCUGCUGAAAAAAAUGUUGAUUAUUAACCUGCCAGUGAAAAAGGGAAGUGGCCAUCUUUGUACAACACACUGCUGUUUUGCUGUAACCGCGCAAUGUUUUAUGAUCUUGAGUAUUUUAUAGAAAAGUAGAAGUAUGUAUCAAUAAUAUGAAAGCAAUAGCUAAAUCAUAAUGAAGAAUAACAUGAUCAGUGAAUAUUGUGGAAAAUCUUUAGAUUCACUCUGGGUGGAUUUUGUACUGUAUUUAUUACUAAUGAUGAUGCAAAAAGUUGCAUAGCUUAACCCAAACUGUUCUGUCUCUUUUUUAUUUAUUGUCUUGUAUAUGAUCUUUUUGUAUGUGUUUUUCAAAUAAACUGCCUAAAAUGCUGAGAACA